UCCUCCACAAUUCAGGGCCCAGUAUGAUGGCUGGUGGGCGACUCCACGGAAUAGGGUGAGGCCGGAGCUCACGAGCUUGAUCCUGCGCGUCUGCGCUUGCUCGCUCCAUUUUAUCAUCGACGACCAUGUUAAAGUCAGGCUGGAGGCGGAGCUUGAGACAGACGUCCUGACCCUCUCGGCCCGUCUCCAUGCCGCGGCCGAGAAGCUCGGCGAAAGCAUUCCGCCUGGGAAAGGCGGGCUAGUCCACGUCCAGCAGCUGUUCCUCACGGCGUGCUGGUGUAAGUCCGCCGAGAAAUGGACAGACGCCUGGCAUGCUCUGAGCAAGGCCAUCCGAGCAGCAAACGAAAUAGGUAAAUCUUGCUGGCCAGCGCCUGCCCAGGUAUCUCACGCCAAGCUAACGUUUUCAAGGCCUGCACCAAGACCAGUUGUCCGAGGGCAUGUCGGAGUUCGACCGUGAAAUGAGAAGGCGCAUGUGGGUGAUUCUGUAUCUGUGGGAUUUUGCGCUGAGUUCCAUGCUGUCGCGCCCACUUCUGAUCAACCACGCCGACUGCACGGUUGAGAUGCCGACACUGACCCUCGAGAACAAUCCUCAGCGCCCAAACCAGCCGUCGCCAUUCCGCCAUAUGAAUCUCCACUGCCAGCUUUGCAUCGACAUGGCUGCACAGCUUGGCAGGGCUUCAGAUUCGAGCGCGGACAAGGCACAGGUGGCCUGGCGGAUGAAGGAGGUGGUUGACAAGUGGCUCGCGAACCUCCCAGCCGAAUACGCCUUGGACGCGCCGGAUACUCGUUGGGAUGAUGAGUACGAGUGGGUCACGUUCCAACGACGUUAUCUGCACUUGAUCGGAUACAUGGGUUCUUUCAGCCAACUGAGACCCUUUCUCACGCGUAACUCGUCGAAACCGAUGUCGAGGCUCGAAUUAAGUCUGCGAGCAGCGGGCGUCCAAGCGUGUCUCGGUCUCAUGGAUGUGUCGUGGACUCUCUUCGAGAAUCUGGUCUCGAUAGGCGCCAAGUUCCACUAUGCCAUCUUCUGCAUUUUCGACUCGGCAACCGUCAUGUGCUCUGCAAUUUUGCAGGACGAGGCUCGUAACCUUCCGCAGAGGGAGACGGUCCUCGAGGGUAUCCGAAAAGCGUUGAGAAUGCUUGCAGAGGCGUCUUCCGAGUCCAAGACGACGACUGCGCUGUAUCGCAUCCUCAAAGGACUUCUCGUCAAACUGCCGUUGAGUCCCGAGGAGCAAGGAGCGAUCAGGAUGCCGAAGCGCUCAAAGGACGGGAGUAUUACUCCGCUGAGCGAAGAUAGCCCAGCCACAGCAUUCUCCAUGAAUCCCUUGGCGAGCCGAGCCCUCUCUGAAACGAGUCACGCUCCGCGGUCUGAGCAGCACAGAUCUGUCAGUGCGGAUUCCGAGCGCGUUUCGACCUUGGAUUCGUCCAACCUACCGCCACGCAGCGACACCUCCAUGUCUUCGCCGGAUCACUCUCGAUCCAUAAAUGCGCAAGCGUCAGCGGGAGCUCAACCGUGGCAGGGGUCCAUCCUUCAACCAUCGACAGUCGGGACAGUGGGGGAUUGUCUUCCAUCCACCAACCCACUGGCGCCGAUAGUUCCUAUCCGUCCGCAGAACAUUGGGACCGCGGAGAGCUUCGUGCCGGCAGUAAGCGCUAUAUCCACGGCCGGGAUUAUGACGUCGGAAAGCUUUGAGCCCGCUCCCGGAUUCGGGCAGAUGGCUGGCCUGGGACCCGUUCACGCGAUUCCCUUGAGCCAGGCGGAUUGGCAACCAGCUCAUGUGCCAAUAAACGGUUUGGGGAGCGGCAUGCUCAUGCACCAGAGUGCUAAUCUCGAGGCGUUCGGCAACAACGCGCCCUCGAUACUCGAGAACUGGGAUUGGCAAGGGCUCGGGCUUGGCCACCCCAUGUCGUGGGGCGAGUCAUAUACCGAUGUGAACGAUCCAGGCCGGACCCGAGAUCAUCACGCCGGGAUCUUUGGGGUUUUCACAGGCCCGGGGAUGUCGAACAAUGGCAGAGAAAGCUUGGACGCCGAUGAUCGAAAUCGAUGAGGUCGGGGUUGCGUUCAGUAUCCGGGGUCUUUGAAACACUUGGUAGACCGAAGUUGCCGCUUGUCCCAAUCGAAGUGUGAUGGCUCGGUCAUCUCUCACAAUGUUGCU